AUGAAAAUAUUAAUAUUAUUAUUUUUAUGUAUUUUAAGUUUAUGUUAUGCAUCAAAUUUAGAUAGCAUAAAAGCAAAUCCAACAGAAUGUGAAGCAUGUCAAAUUGUUAUUGGUUAUGUUGAAAAUUUGGUAUUACAUAGUAAUAAAACUCAAGGUGAAAUUGAAAAAGAACUUGAUAAAUUGUGUAAUAUGGUUUCUCCACGUUAUAAACCAACAUGUGAUAGCAUUGUUUCUGUAUACACAACUGAAAUUAUACAAUUAAUUUUAAAUAAAGAAACACCGGAUUUAAUUUGUAAAGAGAUAAAAGUAUGUACAACUGAAUGGGAAAUUAAUACAACAAAAUUAUUUUCAAAAAUUACUGAAAUUGCCAUGAAAGAAAUUCAUUCAGUAGCUCAAAAAUCAAAAUCACAUCAAUUAACUCAAAAUAAUUUAAGAUCUACAAGUGAGUGUGAAAUUUGUCAAGUAUUUGUUAGUAAAUUGGAAUCAUAUAUUUCAACAAAUAAAUCACAAGAAGAAAUAAUGGAAGAAUUAGAUAAUGCCUGUGAUUAUAUGAAGAGUUUUGAACAACAAUGUAAACAAAUGGUUCAAGAUUAUGUCCCAGAAUUAAUUGAAAUCAUGUCCACUACUGAAGACCCUAAUAAAGUUUGUUCCCAAAUUUCCUUAUGUCCAAAUGACCUAUCUUCUAAAAAUGAAUCAAAAAAUCAAAGACUUUUAAAAAAAAACAUAAUCAAUUAA